AUUCCCCCUGUUUUCGUUGUACCUCUCAAAUCUUAACCCCUGCCUUGGGCUUGUGGACUUGAGUUCGAAUUAUAGUGAAAGAAAGUGAGAAGGAGAUAUAGUGAAAGAAAGUGAGAAGGAGAUGGAGGUUUGGGCGAAGAACGGGAGUGGGUUGGGGAAAUGGCUCGGGUUCGUGACGGCGGUGUGGGUGCAGUGCAUCUCCGGGAACAACUACACUUUCUCCAAUUACUCCGACGCGCUGAAAUCUUUAAUGGGGCUCACUCAGCUGGAGCUCAACAAUCUCUCGGUGGCGAAGGACGUCGGCAAGGCCUUCGGCCUCCUCGCCGGUCUCGCCUCCGACCGCCUCCCCACCCCACUCAUCCUCCUAAUAGGCGCCGUCGAAGGCCUCAUCGGCUACGGCGCCCAGUGGCUCGUCGUCCGCCAGUCCAUCUCCCCUCUUCCCUAUUGGCAGAUGUGUGUUUUCCUGUGCCUGGGCGGUAACAGCACCACGUGGAUGAACACCGCGGUUCUGGUCACCUGCAUGAGGAAUUUCCGGCGGAACAGAGGGCCGGUGUCGGGGAUCCUGAAGGGCUACGUGGGUCUCAGCACCGCCAUCUUCACCGACCUCUGCUCCGCCCUCUUCGCCGACGACCCGGCCUCCUUCCUCCUCAUGCUCGCCAUCGUCCCCGCCGUCGUCUGCUCCGCCGCCAUGCUCUUCCUCCACGAAUCCCCCGCCGGGGAUGACGAGACCGAGGCGAAGUACUUCGGGGCAAUCAACGCGAUGGCGGUGGUGAUCGCGGUCUACCUCCUCGCCUUCGACCUCACCGGCGACCACGGAGCCGCCGUCUCUCGCGCCUUCGUCGCCGUGCUCCUCGUCCUCCUCGCCGCCCCGGCGGCGGUCCCGAUCUACGUGGCCUUCAAGGCCAGAUCCAAGAAUCCGGACGUGGAGGAGGGUCAGAUCGAAAAACCACUCUUGAUCGAGGAGGCGAAAGCAGAACCGUCGGCGACGGCGGUGGUGACGCCGGAUACGGCGGAGGAGAAGGGGAAGAGAGGGCCAGCGAUCGGGGAGGAUCACACGAUAUUCGAGGCGGCGAAGACGGUGGAUUUCUGGAUACUAUUUAUCUCGUUCUUGUGCGGGGUGGGGACGGGAUUAGCGGUGAUGAACAACAUGGGGCAGAUGGGGCUGGCGCUGGGGUACACGGAUGUGUCAAUAUUCGUGUCGAUGACCAGCAUCUGGGGCUUCUUCGGCCGGAUCGGAUCGGGGUCCAUCUCCGAGUACUUCCUCAAGAAAAGUGCAACGCCAAGACCUCUAUGGAACGCAGCCUCGCAGGUUCUAAUGGCAGUUGGGUACGUGGUCAUGGCUUUGGCCUUGCCGGGAUCCCUCUACGUGGGAUCCAUUGUGGUGGGGUUAUGCUACGGCGUCCGCGUUGCCGUCUCUGUCCCUACGGCCUCUGAGCUCUUUGGCCUCAAGUACUAUGGCCUUAUGUACAACAUUCUCAUAUUAAACCUUCCCCUUGGUUCCUUCCUCUUCUCCGGCCUCCUCGCCGGGCUCCUCUACGACUCCCAAGCAACGAAGACGGCCGGGGGUGGCAAUACGUGCGUUGGAGCUCACUGUUAUAGGCUUGUGUUUGUGAUCAUGGCCAUUGCAUGCCUCAUUGGAUUUGGAUUGGAUGUGCUGCUGGCAUUACGAACAAGGAAGGUAUACUUAAAGAUUCAUCACAGCAAGAAAUCAAGGAAGACGGCAGCAGGGCAACAGACCAUUAAGGGCUGAGUUGGGCUCUGUAAGAAGUAGUUUCUCCAUUGUUUGUUCCUUCUUUUGUUGGAUAUGUGGAUUAUUAGACUACGUGAUGUAUCAUGGCAGCAGCCUUCAUUUUUUUGAGAAGAGUGUGAAUAAUAUCCAUUCUUUGAAGGAAAGAGGCUAAUGCUUUUGGUAAGAAUGAGAGGAAAUAUUUUAGUAAAAUACAAAGAUCGCUCGAUCAUUUGAAUUUGAUGA